CGGAGGACCUGCGGAUCGAUUUUUUGAGUCGCGGAGCGAAAGGCAAAAAAUGUGGCGAUUUCCCAUCGCUUUUCUGGCUUGCGUCAUCACACUUAUCAUCUAUGACCACGGCGUCAGCGGAGCGCUUUCCCCGCUCUGUUGUGGGGACAAUUUCUGCUGCGCAAUCAUCGAAAGUACCGGAAAGCCGUCUUGUUGGGGCGGGAACUCCAUGGAUUCGAAGCUUCCCUGCACCACCGCAAAGGCCUUGACGUGUGGCGGGAAAGCCGUUAUGGGCGUGGAUGCCAACAUGCGCGUGAGUUUCUACGUUGGCUCAAACGGGUACGGACCCGACCACACGGAUGCCGCGAGCCUGAUUGGUGUUGAGGUAAAGGAUGCCGAUCUAAGCUUUUGGGGCGGCGCACUCAUUCGCACGGACGGAACGAUCACGGCCUGGGGACCCAAUACGGUGUAUUGCGGAAGCGCGACGUCCAUAAGCUGCCAGCCGGCCGCCACGGGUUCCAGCACGACUGCAGUGAACUUCGCACUCGCAAAUGUGCCAGCGACCGCCACGACGUUUACUGGCCUCAGCUGCGCCGGCAAACGCGGGGGGCACUGGUGCUGCGCGUUCCAAUCGGGCGUGGCCGGUCUGACGUGCUUCGGGGACAGUCGCGGCUCCUACACGCCGACCGCGACACAACUCGCAAAUUUAAACUUCCCGGUGCAGCAGGUCUCCGGCGGAGUUGAUUUCGUAGCAGUACUCGGCGCGAGCGGGCAGCUGGGCGUCUACGGCGGCACGCAGGAAAUUGGGAAUGGGCUGACGAACUCCAAGCCUGCGAGCGGCAUCGGGUCUCUGAGCAUGGGCUCUGUGGUCGCGGGCCAGGUCUACACUCAGGUGUCCACUAUGAAUUUUGCUGUGUACGCGUUAAAGGCCGACGGGACACUCCACGCCUGGGGGAAGAGCUACUCCUACUCCGUGGGGGGCGGUGGCAGCGUGGACAUGGCUCAGUACCCCGACGGCGUGUCGUGGAGCCAGCUUGCGAGCGGCAGUGCAGGAGUGUACGCGCAUUUCUGUGCCCUGCAAGCGGAUAAGGUGCCGAAUUGCUGGGGUGCUGACUAUGCCGGGCAGGUCAGCGGCAGAACAACCUCCGUCGUCAGUACAACCUAUUUGCACCCCGCUUUACUGACGGCAGUCGUGUCGUCGCCCAGUCCGACACCGACUCCUGCCCCAUCGCCGUCGCCCACGCCUUCACCCUCCCCCGCGGCAGCAUCUUCUGACGCAAAAAUGCCCUUGCCAACCUGCAAUUGGUGGCUGUCCGUGCUCUUCGCGUGCGCCAUGAUGCUUUUGUUUCAAGUCUUUCUUUGAGCACAAAGCCCAGAU